AAUACUAUCAUAUUGUUUUCUUAGUCUUUAAUAAUUAUAUCCUGCAAAUCUGGAUGAAACUAGGGAAAAGAUGAUUGCCGCCUCAGAACCGGUGGAAUAUGUUCCUGGUGGAAGACAAACAAUUUUACGGCAUCCUGAGUCAGUAACUAAUCAACAACAAUUAAAUAAUAAAACAGUGGAAGGAGAAAGUAUUUUAUUACAAAAGUUUAGUCAAGUAAACAUUUCAGGGAGAUCACCAAAAGAAUUUUGGAUUGUGCGUGAAAAUGAUAUAUGUGGUGAAGAAGAAUUAUAUUGUUCAGGCAAAGUUGCAAUUCAUUCAAAGGGUAAUCAAACUACUAGAAUAUUGCAAACAACCUAUACUUGUGAAACAGAUAUUAAACAUGCACUGUGGUGCAAAUUUCAUACUAGUAUACCUGAUCAUCUAACAAAAGGAAAGGAAGUAGAUGAAGAAGAUGUUAAUGAGAAAACAACAGAAUGCAUUUGUUUAAUUGAUUCAUAUACUCUAAAAGUAUUUACCAAUAGUGGAGAAGAUUAUGUAUCUAGUUUACAAUUUCAGGUAUCUGCUGUUUGGCCAACUAAAUAUGGAAUUUUGUUGGAGAAAACACAAGUUCCCACAUCAGAAACAAGAUAUAUCUCUUCAGAAGGAAAUAGAUUGCAGUCACAUAAUAAUACAACUCUACCAGUGGCAUUUUCUCUUUUGCACCCUUUACAUGAAAUUUGCCCUGUACUUGUUAAACAUGGACACAUAUCAUAUAUGUGUGAUUCAAAUCAACAGAUUGUAUUUACUAGUGCUGAACCAUCUUUGGCUGUGAUGUAUGAUAUAAAGACUGGAUUACAUUCUGUAUAUAAAAUACGUAAAGCUUUAGCAGAAGAAUGUCAGAUAGUUUCUGGAAGUAAUGAUACUACUUCUAGUAUAUUUAAUCAAUCAGCAAGUGUAUCUCCAUUAAAUAUUGGAAGUAAUCUUUCCUAUAAUAAAAGUACAAAUAAAGGACACUUAAGUAUAUUUGGUGUGCCAAAUCCACAAUUAAAUAUUGGGUUGGGAAUAUCAAGUAGUCCAUUUGGUUCACGAACAUCUUAUACUACUACAUGUUCUGGAGGCCCAUCACCUUCUCAACAACAACAGCAACAUUCAAGAUCUCAAAGUCCAAUGGCAACUAUUUCACGCUGUCAGUCUCCUACUCAUUCUGCUUUUUCACCUUUACUUGGUGCACCUGUUUCUUCUAUUCUUCAUCAUACAAGGUUACAUCAAACAAUGAUGGUUUCUACAUCAAGUCAUGUACAAAAUAGUCCUCUUACUAACUGUAGUAACAUACAGCUACAAAAUGUUACACCAAGUAAACCUCUGUACCCUGAGAUAUGUCUUGAUCACGUGUGGACUGAAAAUGUUGGAAUUCCAAAGGAUGUUACAUCUAGUCGAGCCUCUAAGGUUUUCUUGUCAUCUGAUUUUGUGGGGCAAAGUUACUUAUGUUACUUAGUCCCACAUAGAUCUCAACUCUUCUUAGUGAGGCUUGAGAAAACUAAUAAACAACAACAAAUUAUUUUCGGUAUGGUAACAAGUGUUGUAGCAAAGGAUGCUGUGAAUAUACCAAAUUUACAUAUGAUGGCAGUAAUGGAUCUGUCAAAUGGAGUAGUAUUAUACUCAGGUGUAACUUGUGUCGGCAAAUUGCAUGUAACAGGAAUACUUCCAAAUUUAACUGGUUGCAACUAUUUUUUAUCUAAUAUCAAUCAUAAAUUAGGUUCUCCGUUUCCACGACGAAGUUCAUUGAUUUCUCAAAAUUGCGCCGCCUCUCAUGAUAUCAAAUUUGAAGAAGGAUUACAUUUAUUAAGUCCUGUAGGUGGUAAUUGUGCAAGGCCACCCAUUUUAUUAGAAAAUUCUUUAGUAGACUCUAACUAUCUUAUCUUAAAAGAAGCAGUAGGAAAUAAAAUUACUUUAGAAUAUGGAAGUAAAAAUUAUUUUCGAAUAACAUUACCGACAUCCAGCACCUCCCCUUUAGUAACUAAGUGUUUACAAACAUUAAGGAGUGUUUUACAAAAAGAUUUAGCAAUGCAACUAUUAGUAAAAUGGUAUGGAGCACGAAAUGCUCCUGGACCUCAAGAUUUUUCACCAGAACAAGAGUGGUACCUUUUUCUUGUAGUUUUAUUUACAUUAUUGGGAUAUGAAGUAGAAAAAUUACAGUUAAUUCAAAGAAAUGAAAAAGAUCAACUUGGUGAGCGCAGUAGUCCUAUGGUGGUUCCAAAGAAGCAGAAAACAAAUAAUUGUGGAUCUAACGAUGAUUGGAAGUAUAUGGCGAAUUUUAUAAAGAAUGGAAAUUCUCAAAUUUUCAUUUCAAAUAUACUUGGCCUUCAUAAAACGUCUAAUACACUUCAAACAUCAGUACCACGUGCUAUAGAGUCAAAUAGCAUAGGAAAAGUAAACACACAAUCUAUUUUAUUUCCAUAUUUUCCACUCAUCCUAUUUUCUUUACAUCUUUUAUAUGAAGAAUUGAAGCUAAAUUGUGUGAUGUCAGAAAGCUUACCUCUACUUGCACAGUUAUUGUAUCAAUUAAGCUUGGACUUAAGAUUUGAUGUAUAUGCUCAUCAUUAUUUCCUUGAUUUUCCUUCUGUAUAUUACUUGAAACAUACUGUGUCUCAAAUUAAGGAAACAGACUUACAGAAAAUGACUGUACCAAAUUAUAUGCCAUUAAAUCCACCAAAUAUAUUUGAAACAUUAAAUAAUUUACUCAAUGGAAUGCAAAUGACACCAUUCCCUUAUUUGAGCCAAGUAAAUCCAAAAACAAAAAAUAUAAUUUACUUAAUGGCGCUUAUAGCAAAUGAAAAUGAAGUUGGUGUGUUAGAAAUAGAUAGAUUUGUAAAGCACAUAAUACCAGUUGGCAGUCGUAUAGAUUUUCAGGGAAGUGGAAAUAAAUUUGAAAAAGAAAUAUACAAAAAAAUUGAAUAUUCUGCGAUAGAUAGAAUAGUACUAUUAUAUCAUGAAUUAGGUAUGAACAAAAAGGAUCUUGAAACAUUACCUCCUGGUAUAGCAUUACUAUUAAAAGAUGUAAUGUAUAGAUGUAGAGAACGUCCUCCAUCAAAUUGGCCGAUGCAAGCGUAUGAAUUAGUAGAUCGACAAGAUUUAUCUGCAUUAGACAAACAUUUGAAGUCGCCUGUAUUAAAUCACGUGGAAAAUGAGGGAAAAAAUUAUUCUAUUAAAGAUCCUGAACAAGAUGAUGGCAUGGAAUUUGAUGAUGCUGUAUUGAAAUUGAGAUUUAACAAAGAUCACAGAGUAGCCGAAGUUCGAAAACUUUUAAAUUCAUCAAAACCAGUAAGAAUAAUAAUAGUUCAGAGACCAGAUGUAAGUGAUCAUGAAUUUAUAGAAGAACAGGAGAAACAUUUACAUGCACUAUGUACAAGAACAAUGGCACUUCCAGUAGCUAGAGGCAUGUUUACACUCAGAACUUCGACUCCUAUUAUCACAGAACAAUUACCAAUUCCUCGACUUUGCUUAACUGGGAAAGCACCGCCUCGUGGAACAACUGUAGAAUUAGCUCACAUAGAUAUUCCACCCAACAUGAAUUUAUGGCCAUUAUUUCAUAAUGGUGUAGCCGCAGGCCUUCGAAUUCAUCCAGAUGCAUCUAAUAUUGAUUCAACCUGGAUAGUAUAUAAUAAACAACAACAAGGCGAAUUUGGUAUGGAACAUUCAGGUUUCUUGAUGGCACUUGGUUUAAAUGGUCACCUGAAGAAUCUAGCGCCUUUUAGUAUGUAUGAAUAUCUAGUUGAAUGCCAUGAAGCUACCAGUGUUGGACUUCUGUUAGGAUUAUCAGCAACUCACCGUGGUACAAUGAAUGUUUCUAUGACUAAACUGUUAUCUCUUCACGUGGAAACUCUAUUACCACCGACAAGUAUUGAAUUAAACGUUCAACAGAAUGUUCAAGUUGCUGCAUUGAUGGGAGUUGGUUUAGUAUAUCAAGGAACUGCUCACAGGCAUAUUUCACAUGCCUUAUUAUCAGAGAUCGGAAGACCUCCUGGACCAGAAAUGAAAAACUGUGUGGAUCGAGAAUCGUAUUCUUUGGCAGCAGGUCUGGCAUUAGGUUUAGUAGUAUUAGGAUGUGGAGGUGGUCCGGAUUUAGCUAAUAUACCGAACACUUUACAUUAUUACAUGGUCGGUGGACAUGUUAGGCCGUUUACUGGAGCACAGAAAGACAAAUACAAAUCACCCAGUUAUCAGAUAAGAGAAGGUGAUUCUAUAAAUAUUGAUGUGACAAGUCCUGGAGCAACAAUAGCUCUAGGUUUUAUGUACUUUAAUACAGGAAAUCGAGCAGUAGCAGAAUGGAUGCAAGCUCCUGAUACUCAAUACUUAUUAGAUUUUGUACGACCUGACUUCUUAUUAUUAAGAAUAUUAGCAAAAUCACUUAUUCUAUGGAACGAAAUUGAACCAACGAAGUCUUGGGUGUCUAGUCACGUUCCUAAUAUCGUUUAUAAAUACAGGUUACAAAAACCAACUUCUGAAAUAGCCCAGAAUGUAGAUUUGGAAACCAUGAAUCAAGCGUAUUGCAAUAUAAUUGCGGGUGCUUGUAUGGCUUUGGGUCUGAAAUAUGCAGGAACUGCCAACAGAAAUGCCUUUAAAACUUUAUAUAAUUAUGCCCAAAUGUUUACGGCAUUAUCACAUAAAACUAUCGCUGAAUUAGCAGGAAAGUCAACCAUUGAAACGUGUUUAAAUGUGACUUUACUUUCUGUUGCUGUUGUAAUGGCAGGAACGGGAAACUUAGAAAUUAUGAGAAUAUGUCGGCACAUAAGGACUCGCGUUGGACCUGCAAGUUGUGUUGUUACAUAUGGAUCUCAUUUAGCAACACAUAUGGCUCUUGGUCUCCUCUUUCUUGGAGGAGGGAAGUACACACUCUCUAAUAGUCCAAGUGCAAUAGCUGCUCUCAUAAUUUCCCUUUUCCCAAAAUUUCCAACACACAGUAAUGAUAACAGGUAUCAUUUACAAGCAUUACGGCAUUUGUACGUACUAGCUGCAGAACCACGAGUAAUUUUGCCUAGAGACAUCGAUAGUGGUCAGUAUUGCUAUGCAACUGUACACUUAACAUUCGAAUCUGAAAAAGAUGCUGAAGGACAAGAUCUAAUACUUCAAGCACCAUGUUUGUUGCCACAAUUAUGUAAUAUCAACAAAAUUGAACUAAAAGAUGAUCGAUAUUGGGAAAUUGUUUUUGAAAAAGAUCAUAAUUGGCAACAACUUGUAAACAUGCUUAAAAAAUGCGGAAAUUUAGGGGUUAAACAAAGAGUUGGUUGUUUACCAUAUAUAGAAGAUCCUCACGGUUUUAGAAGUUUAAUUGCCCAAACAUUAACAACGGAAAAUGUUAUACCAUGGGCUGCUCGUCCUGAAUGUGUGACUUCAUUUACAAAUGAUAAAACUAUUUUAAAUAUAGUCAAAUAUUUUUUACAGUGGUCUAAAAAAGAUAAAACUAAAAAUGAGUCUAACUUAAAAGCACAAUCUUGCGGUAGUUUAGCUAAAAAUAGUUCUGGAUAUUUAUCUCAAAGCUUCAGUGAUACAUCUGAAAGAAUAAGUGGUAGUUGGAAUGAACGGUCAGAUUCUUCUAGUGAAAAAAUGGAAAUUGCAGAAUUAUCAUCUGCUUUAAAGGAUACCAGUUAUUUAUGUAAAUCUGAACGACAGUAUUCUGAUAUAACGGAAUUCGAAAAACAGUUCCUACAUACAUUUGCUAUAAUUGUGUAUGAAUGUGUGAUAAAAGACAAAGUAAGUCUUCUUCCCUUUUGGGUGAAUUUAAUAAAGAGUAUGGAAAUUAUAGCAAAAGAACCAAACAGUUUUUCUAUAUGGCAAAUAAAGCUUAUUUCAUCCCAAAUGUUAAAAAAAUCUUACAUAGAAAAUAAGAAUCCACUACUUGGUGCAGAAAGUAUGCUUGCAAUUAAGCAAAAAGUUUCAUAUAUUAUGGAUAAUUGGGAACAUGAGUUAACGCCACAUAUUAGAUCUUAUUUAACAACUGGUGAUAUUCAAGAUGAUGUAAGUUUAUUACAAAAAAUGUGCUCGUAUUUUGUAUUUUAUGACAUUCCUCAUAAAAUGGAUUACCAAACAAUCUUGACAUCAUUAUUAAAAUCAGAAGUAAAAUCUAAAAGACCCAAUGCAACAUUGUACAAAUUAUAUAAAAUGUUAAAAGCAAGUUAA